AUGUGGGAAAUCAAGAUAAGUAAAAAAGAGAUAGAAGAAAUGAUGAAGGAAUUGGAUGAAAGAGAAGCAAUAGGACCAGAUGGAGUAUUAGGAUACAUAUUGAAGGAGUGUAGACAAGAAAUGGCUGAACCAUUUCAUGAUAUAAUUGAGUGUUCUAUUCAAACAGAAAAAGUCCCCAAAGAAUGGAAAAGAGCUGAUAUAAUGCCUAUUUACAAGAAUGGAAACAGAGAAGAACCACUUCAUUAUAGACCAGUGUCAUUGAGCAGCAUAGUGUGCAAGAUAUGUGAGAAGGUCAUCAAGAAACAAUGGACUCAGUACUUACAAAGAGAAGGAAUAAUAUCAGAUAGACAAUUUGGAUUCAGAACAGGAAGAUAA